UGAAGUGCAGUGUAAUGGGGUAAGUGUUAACCAAGUUUGCAUAACAUAUACACAAACGUUUUUGCAACUUGCAUAAAAAUCAAUGGUUCGUUUUAUGCUAUAUUUUUAAAAUGAAAGUAAAUCUUAUAAAAUAUUAUGGUCAAAUCAAAAUCUUGUAUAUAUCUUCUUAUGUCUUAUCGCUGAUAAAUUAUAUAAACUUUUGUUGAAAGUGUGUAUGUAAACAACAACAUUAACUUUAAUUGCUACAUCGAUUGUUAUUGUGAUUACCCUCUAGCCUUCCCCUGUUUUAGCUAGCCCUGACAACCAAAUUAUAUUUAUAUUAUAUAUAUAGAUAUUUUUAUGAUCAGUAUUUUGUUUCUAGAUAUUAAAAUUGUGAAAUUAAAUUCAGUUGUUUAGCUAUGGAUGAUUUUGAUAAUGCUGAAACCGCUAUUAUAAACAAUUAUGAAAGGAUUGACUUUAAAAAGACCACCUCUAAAAAAUUGUCUCCAAAAAUUGCACAAGACCUAAUAUUUAUUAUGGAGAAUGCUGCCCUGCAUGAGAAUGGCAAUGGACAAACAAGCGUAACAAUUUCAAGUUCGGAAGACUCUGAGUCAGAUUCCUCGAGUGAUUCAGAAGUAAAAAUUGUCAAAGUUGAACAGGAGGGGCAAAAAAGCAUUGUGUCAGCUUUUUAUGAAGAUAGCACUGCUGCUGAAAGUGAGAACUCUGAUGUUGACAGAAAAGCUUUAGGGGGUCUUGUUAAUGAAAAUGAAAAUGAACAUGAAAUUGUGCAAAAAGUUUUAAAUUUGUUGAUUAGCAAAGUUUCAACCAAUUGUUAUGAUGAGGACUCAACUAGUUCUGAUGACGACGACGAUGAUAAUGGAGACGUUGCAGAACAUCUUGCAGCUACCUUGAAGGAAGAAGAAAAAGUUGUAAAUGUGAUUCCGAAAGUAAAGAAUGAAGUCUUGCCACAGGAAUUACCAGAGGAUGAGGAUAUAAUAGCAAUUCAGCCAGGAGAUAACCUGCUUCUGAUAGGAGUUAUAUCUGCUGUUGUUGAACGCAUGAUUGUGAUCGAAGCCGACAAAACAGCGCCAGCUCUUGAUGCUGAAACUGCGUUGUUUCUCAACCAUGACACAUUUCUUGGAAAGAUUUUCGAAACACUUGGACCAGUCAAGACUCCAUUUUACACGGUCAGGCUAUCGAAAGCUAUGGACUCCACAAAACCCAAGAAGGGAACAAGAGUCUACUUUGUUCCGUUCAAUCAGUCAAUUACAAAAUAUGUGUUUUUGGAACAACUAAGAAAAUUAAAAGGUUCAGAUGCUUCAUGGAAAGAUGACUGUGAGCCGCCACCUGAGUUUCUUGAUUAUUCUGACGACGAAGAAGAAAGAAGAGUGAAAAGUGAACAAAAGAAGCGGAGAAAAAACGGAAAAUUGGAUAGUAAUGAUAACCGUCAUGAUAACCGUCAUAUAAUUCAAAACCGUGAUGUUCCAAAUACUGGCAAUAAAAAGAUGUACGUCCCACAACGUAAUCCUCUGUUGGAGCAUGCCCAGAAAGUAAACGGUGUUCCACCUCAAAAUUCCUACUGUCCGCCGCAGCAUGAGCAGAAAGUGAACGGUGUUCCACCUCAAAAUUCCUACUGUCCGCCGCAGCAUCAGCAGAAAUUAAACAAUGUGCCACCCCAGAUUCAUUACUGCCCGCCGCAGCAUCAGCAGAAAGUAAACAAUGUGCCACCCCAGAUUCCCUACUGCCCGCCGCAGCAUCAGCAGAAAUUAAACAAUGUGCCACCCCAGAUUCAUUACUGCCCGCCGCAGCAUCAGCAGAAAGUAAACAAUGUGCCACCCCAGAUUCCCUACUGUCCGCCGCAGGAUCAGCAGAAAGUGAACAAUAUGCCACCUCAGAUUCCCUACUGUCCGCCGCAAAUAAAUCAACAGUUUGGUGGAUUCCAAAGCCCGCCAGUUUUCAAUCCUUUUUUUCCGCCGUUUCCUAACCCAUAUGCGCUCCAACCUCCUUGGAAUUUUUGGCGUCAUCCGCCACCGCUCCCCAUGCAGCACCAGACACAAGCAACGCCCACGCCAGUCGCGACUCAUGGACAUCAAGCCAAACGUGAAAGACAACCAAAUCUACCAAUCCCAGAACCAAUGCAACAAGAACCAUCGUCCCCGAGAGAGACUCCAAGUAAGAAGAAAACACGCGUUAAUAUUGAACCGCUUGAUAAAUACUUGAAAGCGAAUCCUCCCCAAGCUCCUGCAAUAUCACCAAAAAAUCAGCUCGCACAACAAAAUACUGGUCCGUCUUCCGUCAGACCACCGUUUGGUCAUACCCAACCACAUGAAGGACAACAACAACAUGAAUACGAUAAAGAACGGUAUCACAAGGGUAGUUCCAACGACUACGAAGGCGGGUAUGUACAUCAACAGCCGCCGCCGCCGCCGCAAAGGUUUGACGUGCGACCCGCCUUUCCACCACGCGACGAACGGAUUUAUCGUCCAAACGCGCCGUACCAUAAACCACCAACUACAGAUUUUCAGGAUGCUACAAUUUCACCCUAUCACAGGGAAGCAACAUCGCAGUAUCGUGGGAACAUGUAUGGACAAAACAGACCUUCUUUGUCGCAGGAAUUUCCACCCGAGUUUUCACCUGAUGACAGAACAUACACACCGACUUAUGUGCCCCAUUUUGAUGGUCACAGUCAUCGUCAACCGGUUAAUCAGUCAAGCAUGCAGUCAAUCCGAAACACGCGACCACACUUUCAACCAAGAUAGACAAGUGUCCAUAUGUCGUUUUUGUUUAGUGCUGCGCAUUUUGAAAGUUGCUAAAUAUUCAGCUGAAAUUUUGGUCAACUUAUUCUGUGUGUAUUUUCGAUACUCAUCUUGAAAAAGACAAUUUUUUCCACCAUUUUGUUUUUCGUUGUUGUUGUUGUUGUUGACAUCUUAAUACAAUAAUUGGCAGACAUAAAUGUUAAGUUGUAAUAUUUAACUUUUUUGUGACAGUCUUGUAGUGUUUAAAGAGUGGAUAAACUUAAAAAAAGUUAUUCACAAAGGUUUAAUAAAUCUAAGUCUUCUAA